AUGGAUGACAAGUUCGUGCCGAUCCCAGUCAGGGACAUGAUGUGCCGUCACAUUGGCGGGAAGGAACCGACGGCUGAGAUGAAGGCUAAACUCGCCAUGAUCAAGCUCAACGAAGACAACUUUACGGGAAAAGGACUGUGUGCGUACAAGACACUUUGUGCAUUCAUACGAUCCAUCUUGGACCUCUGCACAGAAGGCGACGCGUCUGGGUGCAGGCUUGUGGCAAGGGACACCGGUAAUUCAGGCAGGAGCAAUCGCGGUGACGGCGGAAUGAAGAAUUCAGAUAUCUCGGUCUGCAAAGACCACGAUGAGGCUCGCGCGACACACCAGCCCGCGACGAAGGCGAAUGAAGACGCGGAAAAUACAGAGAAAGCGCAGGCAUCGUCCGAGGUGGCGACAUCCUGGCGUUAUGCCUCCUUGGUCAUCGAGUGCAAGAGCUCGACUUCGAGGGAUCACCCGUUCUCAUUUCCGCGAGCGAGCAAUGGCAGGUUGGGAAAGACACCAGCGAUCUGUGACAAAGAGCGCGAUGGCGCGGGAUCCAAUCGGCAAGCAGAGAAAGAUAACUUCCUUCAGCAGACUCACGGCGCCGUCAAAGCGAGAAGCCAGAUCAGCGAAUAUGCGUUGCAUUUGAUGCAGAUGUGGAAAGUUGGCAUGGUGGAGGACGGCAAGCUGUCGCCCUAUCACACAGAGCGCUUCAAGGAUGCGAUGGAGACGAAAUGGCCUAUCUACAAGGUGACGAUCCCCCGCGAGAACCUCAUCUCGGCCGCGGAACUUGAGCCUAAGGUUGACGAGGCUUGUGUGCCUGAAGAUUCAUCACAAUCACAUUCUGACAUUCCCGCAGAGGAUCUGACGCUGCUAAUCGGCAAACCUCUGAGUAUGAGCAAUUCGCCAACGGGUCAUUCGACGAUCGGAUAUGUGGCAUUCGAUAUACGUGGCAAGCGGCUGGUUUUCAUGAGGGAUUCGUGGCCGCUGGAUUCGUCACUGCGGAAAACAGAGCGUGCUGUUUACAUGGAUCUGUGGCGGAAUGGGGUGAAGAACAUUGCCACACCCAUCAGCGGUGGGAUAAUAAAGAGUGGCGGCAAGGUGCAUCACACAAUCACGCAGCAAUAUGGGGACACCGUGCGAGGAAAGGACACGAGAGCACGCAUCCAUUUCCGUCUGAUCACUGACGAGGUUUACGAGCCACUGGAUAACUGCAAAUGCUCGUAUGAGCUAACUCUCGUUUUGAGUGAUGCGCUGCUAGGCAAGUGUUUUUCUGAGAACUGUGUCCAGGCUUGGACCAAAGCCGGCAUCCUACACUGUGACAUCAGUACGAACAACAUCAUGGUCAAGCGUACUGGGCCCAAAGGAACAUGGCAGUUCAGCUCAGCCAUGCUCCUGCAGUACCCUAUUAAAUUGCGCCAGGUAUCGGACGACCUCGAGUCCUUUGUCCACGUCCUUCACUGGACGAUCCUCAUGUGGUACGAGCACAGUCUGUCCGAGUCUCCUGCUGCGCUCCAGGAAGUUGUGCUCGAGAUCUAUGACAAAUACUCGGAUUCUCUAGGUUAUGACACGGGCGGAGACAAGAAAUUCAGUAACAUGCUUUUGGGGGCAUUGCCGUUCGCCAAGCUAUCGUCCAAGCCUCUGGAAAGAUUGACAAUAAAACUGGCAGGAAUACGCGAAGAGCAUUACAACGCAUCGUCUACGAAGGAGCAGAUCGCAAAGCUUGAGGAUAUCAAGAUACAAAAGGGAAAGAAAUCUCCAUCGCAGCCCCCGGCGGCCCCAGUCGAGACCGAUAUUUCCGUUCGUGACCACGGUCUUGUGGAACAUCCAGGAAUCGAAGGAGACGCCGAGAGUUCUCACAAAGAAGAUGCACGGCCGCUGCUCGAUACCAGUGUUAAAGUUCGUCCGAGACCCGAAGCGAGAACGAUCAACAAAGAUAUAUCGCGUUUGUCUGAGCUCUGUCAAACGCGUAAGGAACAUACAGGACGGCUCGCGCAAAGUCUGCGAGGUACUACAAACAAUGCCAAAUACGGUGGCAUGCGCUCGCCACAAUCUCAAGUUCCAACAACCAGUACCAAGCCCAAACUACAGGAGCAUUUCUGGAUCUGGCAAGCAUUCAGGGAAGUUAUCAAAUAUAUGGAGAAGAACAGCUAUAUGCAAAUCACCAUCGAUAAGCCACAGAACCAUCGACGCAACAAAGCACGAGGGAUCUGA